AUGCUCCUGGAACCCGGCCCAGUUCCCCUAAGUGACGACUUUGUCCAUCCGAGUCCGACUGCUACACAUGCCUACAGCUACUGCCGUCAGAUUGAGCAGGAGAUACUGCAAGAGCAAGCACAGGCACCCGGGAAUAGUUCCCUGGCAAUAACCUUGAUGAACAUUCGUAUCGCGGGCCAUUUGAUCGACGUGCUGGCCCAGCAGCACGAAGACUAUGCGUUGGCACGUGUUGUAGCAGACAUUGUCGCCGGGGAGAGGACAAAAAGAAUUGAGAUUGGCGAAUACUACAAUCAGUAUUUUAUCAAGAGUUUCCGCGGCAACAGGGGACGGACUCCAUCGCCUUCUAAGCACCCCUCAAGGCCACCAUUUGACUUUCGUCAGGAAGUGAUUAAACGCGAGCUAGAGAGCAGACAGGAAGAGUUUACGUACCCGAAGAAUCAUCACACCGCCAAGAAAUGGGCUCUGGUACGAGACAACUAUCGAUGUGUUCUUACGAAGAACGUUGAACUUUAUAGCGAUGCAAGCAAAGCAGAUAAGUCGUUGAAACCAGUGAAAACGCAGUGCGCCCACAUCUUCCCGGAGUCGACUAACAGAGACUUCUCCGACAACGAAAAGUUGGAAUAUGCGUCUCGCGUUUGGGCUGUUCUUGAAAGAUUUGGCUACCCAUCAAUCAAAGACCAACUCCUGGGAGAUCGCAUCCACCUUCUCGACAAUGUGCUGACUUUGGACCCAACCAUGCACAGUGAGUUUGACGCCCUUCAGAUCUGGUUCGAAGCCACGGACGUCCCUAAUCAGUACGAAGUCGUAUCUCCUCAGGAGGAGCUCUUAAGGCUUCUGCCGAAUGAGGUCGUUACUUUCGAAAGUACCAACGAGCGCCUCGCGCUUCCCAACCCGACAUAUUUGCGCAUCCACGCGCUGUGCUGCAGGGUCGCGCACCUGGCAGGCGCUGCCGAGUAUUAUAAUAAAUUGGAAAAUGAUGAUGAGUACUGUGAGACCGGCCCCGUCCCUGCCGAUGCCCUUGCGGCACGUUUAUACGAUUUAGCAUUUCACAGGGAGGGGUUAUUACAUUCUCCUUUCUUGUAG